CAGGGGCGGACUGACCAUUUGGGAACUCGGGCACUGCCCGAGGGCCCGGGGUCAGUAGGGGGCCCCAUGAGAUGCCCCUGGUACCUUAUCAUAUACUUUUUUGGGUGUUGUUUGAGUGUGGGUGAGGACACGGGCCCCAUGAUCCCCUAUUGCCCGGGGGUCCCAUGAGUUGUCAGUCCGCCCCUGGGCGGACUGACCAUUUGGGCACUCGGGCACUGCCCGAGGGCCCUGGGGUCAAUAGGGGGCCCCAUGAGAUGCUCCUGAUACCUUUAAUUGGCUUUUUCAUAGGUUUUUUUGGCUGUGGCUGAGGACACAGGGGCCCCAUGAUCCCCUAUUGCCUGUGGGCCCCAU